AGAUGUCGUACCGUUUCAUGUUUAGGUCAGUGAUCAGUAAGAUUUGGCUAUAUACAUUUUCUCUUGGCUAUCACCACUGGUUCACAGAAAACAAUGAAUGCCCCUAUGUUUGGAGUGAUUGUUUCAGGAAGACUUGUCCAGACAGACUUUGAACAAGUAGAAGGAACAAAGUUUCUCAUCAAUAUUCCAGAUGCCGACAAUGUCAACCAUAUUGUGGUGUUCAUGACAGGUUCUCAGCCUUUUCCUGAUGGACUGGGUGGUGCAGUAUAUUUCAGUUGGCCAGAUCCAAAUGCCCUUCCUUCCUGGCAGUUCCUAGGCUAUGUUUGCAAUAUUAAGCCUAGUGCCAUAUUCAAGAUAGCCAAGUUGAAGAGUAGUGAAACUACACAACAUCCUUUUGGAUUUCAGCAGCAAAUCUCGCAUGUUGCUCAAAUAGGAAUAUCUGUGGAGCCUCUUGCCCAAAUUCAAGGCCUCACUCCAAGUCCAGCUGCGGGAGCUUCCAGUCUGGACUCAUUUAGUGAAUUUGCAACGAAAAUGUUAGAAAAUUUCUUUAAUUACGCCUCCUCCUUUGCCAUGAGCCAGACUCAAAUGGCUUCUAAACCGAGCGAAAGCUUCGUUCCGCUCAGCACAUUACAGCAGUGGUAUACCAACUUUUGUAGAAGAUUACAACAAAAUCCUUACUUUUGGAAAACUUGAGCACACCAACAACAAAGUAAUGAUUUUCCAUAUGAAACAACUUAAAGUGUUUACUAUGUUAGGUGUUGUAUAUAACUUGAUGUGCGACUGCUUUCUACUAAACUCAUUAAACAAUUGCUGAUCAUAUAAA